CCGCAUUAAUUAUUUAAAUACGAGGGGCAGAGUACUAUAAAAGACACGAUACAGUAGAUGUUGCAUAGAACACCGCUCCUGUUCGAGUUACCAUGGCAACCACGAGGAUCUUUUCGUUGCUGCAGAUAUUGCUGAUGGCUCUUUUGUGCCGUGCCACCAGCAUUCGUGAUCCACUUCUCGUGGCAGAGACCUCCACCUCGGCAGCCGCUCUCACGCAGACCCAGGGACCAGCUCUCGACUCACCUAAAAUCACUGUGCUAGUCACAUAUCGCAGGAACCAGACGGGCCACCUAGUGGCACAGGUCAAACUGGAGGAUGGUGAUAACAAGGGGCAGACCAGCUCGGCCCAGACUGAGACAGCAUCUAAUUCCAAAGCCUCAGUCGCCAACUCCGCACCAGGACAACAGCAACUCUCCGAUGUUAUACGCUACAGCUUCCACACGACUGGCAAGACCUGGGAUGAAGCAAGGCGUAUCUGUGACCAGGAGGGAAGUCAUCUCGCUGUCAUAAACUCGGAAACCGAGUGGAGAGUUCUGCAUGAUUUAUAUGCCUUGGCGCCAGUCAUUAAUGAUGUAGUCACAAGCAGCUGGGCUUUCAUUGGCUUGCAUGACCGAUUCGUUGAAGGCGAAUUCCUCACGAUACAAGGGAAACCUCUGGAAAGCACGGGAUUCGCACUUUGGGAUUCCCCAGAGCCCAACAACCUUAAUGGAAAUGAGAACUGCGGAAGCAUAUCGCGAUACGGCCAUUUGAACGACGUCUACUGUUCGUAUAGACUGGCCUUCUUCUGCGAACAGGAGUCCUGACGUCACUUUCCAACAUCCCUGAAAAUUCGUGGGCAGUCAUUCUAUAGUGUUGCCUUUCAGUAAUGGAAUUCAAAGCUGUGUUUAAUGAUGAAUAGUUAGUAUAUUUCACUCUAUGUAUCCACAUGUAAUUACAAUCAUAAAACGACUCAAAUAUAUUGCAUGAACUGUCAAACAAAAGACAAUAAA